AUGUUGACUAAUAUUCAGCAAUCUAUGCUGCCUGAUGAUACUAGGCAUACAAAGGCAAUAAGCUCAAGGGACGAAAGUGUGAUUAGUUUAAUGAAUCGUUUUCUGAAAGUUGGUAUAGUCGAAUUCAGACCAUUUACAAUAAUUCAUGAGCUGCAUGGAAGCUGGAUUUAUUCUGGAUUGGAAGUGACAUUUGUUCGGACGAUUGCUGAACGGUUAAACAUUACGGUUCAGUUUUACCAGCCACCUGGUGGUGAAAAGUGGGGAAAGCUGGCAGAAGACAACUGCACCGGGUUGAUGCGAAUGAUCCAGUCGCAUGAGGUAGAUUUUGGUAUAGGAUCUGUUGAUCGCUCGCUGUUGCGGAAUACGAUACUACAGGCUGGUGUUGCUCUUGUGAAUGAUGUAGUAGUAUUUGCGGUUCCAUCUGGCUCUAUGGUUCCGUCGCUGAAGAGGUUGAUGAGACCAUUUUCUACGCGUGCAUGGAUUGUGAUUGUUUUAGUAGCAUUUCUAAUGUCUUUGAUCAUGGGACUCCAUGUCAUUGUGCUUCCGAAUCGAGUGAAGUUAAACAGAAUAAAAGGACCUGCCCUGGAUGUUUGGCAAUUAUUAUUGGGGGGAGUGCUUUCCAGUACACCAAAAUCAAAUUUUCGCAGAUUAAUAGUGACUGGAUGGAUCUUUGCAACGAUGAUUCUAAGGACCUGCUAUCAAGCAGUUUAUUUCCAGCAUCUUCGCAGUGGUGCUGAUUUCAAACCUUUAUUGUCACUGGAAGAUAUUGAUGACGCUGGCUUGCAUUAUUAUAUGUAUGAUAUCUUAAGAAGACUAUUUGGGUGCUGUCCGCAUAUUUUGGAAAUGUCUAGGACUAUCCCGGAAUCGACCAAUGGACAUGAAGUACUGGCUCAAAUAGCGGAUAAUAAACUAAAAGCAGUAGUUCCGUUGCCCUAUUUAUACAUUUCCUACUACAGCAAUCAUAGACAAGGAAAGGACCCAGUCUAUAUGAGCAAAUACGUGAUUCAGAGUUAUGGCGUUGGCAUUUAUUAUCCGAAGAAUUCAACUCUACCGUCGAUUUUUAAUGCGACCAUUUUACAAAUUCAUGCAGCAGGGCUGAGUCAGUUGUGGAGUAAACAAUACGGAGAUUUUAAUUACUUUCACGAUGUACAGCAUAAAGCUUUGGGUAUUCAAGCUCUAUUUGGAGCAUUUAAAAUUUAUUUACUGCUAUGCGGAUGUUCGAUUAUUGUUUUUGCUAUGGAGAAGUUUUUCAGCUGUAGAUAAUUCAUUCGAUGUUUUAGGGAUGCAGUGUGUAUAGUUUUUCGUUUAGAUAAGCUUGAAUGGAGUCCAACUCAGCUUUCUACCAUUUGACUUUACAAUAGGCUAGUUCGACUGUCAAGUUCAAAAAUGUCAAGUUCAUACGAAUUUAUAUAAUA